UAUGCAAAAAGCAGAAGAACAAUACUAAACUCUAUACAAACUCUAACCAGAACCAGUAACUACUCCAGAAAUCAAAGGAUAUGAUUUUAAUCAAGGAGUUGAUUUUGAUGCUCUCUUAAAGUCUUAUGCUAAUUUCGGAUUAUAAGCUACUCAAUUAAGUACAGCAAUAGAUUUAAUAAAUAAAAUGAUUCAUUGGCGAAUGGGUCCAAAUGAAGAUAAUGAAGAUCCCAAUACUAGAUGUACCAUAUUUUUAGGUUACACAAGUAAUAUGGUAUCAUCAGGCAAUAGAGAUAUCAUCAGAUACUUGGCUUAACAUAAAAUGAUUGAUGCUAUUGUAACUACAGCUGGAGCAAUAGAAGAAGAUCUUAUGAAAUGUCUCUCUACUUUUCACAAAGGUGAUUGGUAAGCUAAUGAUAAAGAAAUAAGAUUAAAAGCCAUUUGUCGUAUUGGUAAUAUAUAUGUUCCUGCUGCAAACUAUGGAAAACUAGAAGAUUGGCUUCUUCCAGUAUUUUAAGAAAUGUACAAAGAAUAAAAAGAAAAAGGAACUAUUUGGUCACCAUAAUCAAUGAUUAAAAGAUUUGGUGAAAAAAUUAAUGAUGAAAGAUCAAUUUAUUACUGGUGUGCUAAAAAUAAUAUACCUGUGUAUUGUCCUGCAUUAACAGAUGGAGCCAUAGGAGAUAUGAUGUUCUACUUUAAUUAUAAGGAAGAAGGAUUCAUUUGUGAUAUUCUAUAAGAUGUUGUAGCAUUAAAUAAAAAAGCAAUGUAUGCCAAGAAGUCAGGAUUGAUUAUUCUUGGAGGAGGAGUAGUAAAACAUCACAUAAUGAAUGCAAACAUAUGGAGAAAUGGUGCUGAUUGGGCAGUAUUCAUUAAUACAGGAAUCUAAUAUGAUGGAAGUGAUGCAGGUGCAAAACCAUCAGAAGGAAUCACUUGGGGUAAAUUAAGAAUUGAUGCUGAAUAUGUAAAAGUAUUUUCUGAGGCUACACUUGUGUUCCCAUUAAUUGUUGCAUAGACCUUUGCUAAACAUUUCUAAGAGGCAAAAAGAGUUUGA